UCUAAAAAAUAUUAAUUUGAAAUUCGCGCCCUUAAAUGUCAACAUUUGACACAGCUCCAACUGCGACAUAACCCCUAUUUCAGUGAAGUGAAUAAGUCUUGAGAACUGUGCAGAUUUUAUUGGACAUAAAAUUAUCCCAUUGAAUGAUCCCCGGUGUUCGAUCUUUCAUAAGAAGAAUGAGUUCCAUUAUACCUCAAGUUCCUGAUGUCGAUAUUGAUGAAAGUGGCGUUUUCAAAUAUAUUUUGGUUAAGCUGAAAUCUUCUGGAGAAGAGAAAUUGAUCGUGAGGGGUUAUGGUGAAUGCCCAUAUCAUGCUGAUAUCGACGACAAACUCUCAGAUCAACUCAAGAAGUUGAAAACGGGAGGGGCUAUCGUAGACUGUGAAACUGAGGUUUUGGGAGGCGGUAGAAUCGAGCAUACCCCCGAAAAGAAGUACAUCAAAGUUUAUGGCUAUUCGCAAGGAUUUGGAAAGGCCAACCAUGAAGAUACGGUGAAGAUUUUGAAAACCAAAUACCCAGAAUAUAACAUCACUUGGUCCAAUGGAGGCUACUGAGAAUUUCAGAGGAAUUCCGCUCUGUUUGAAUCUUAUUAUAGUUGUGUAUUUCUGCAGUAUAUUUGAAUAAAAUUAUCGACAAUU